AGGUUAAGGUUUUCUCACACCUCAUCUUCUCCUAAUCUUCCAAAUUUCUCUCUCCUUCAAUCCUCUCUUUCUCUCUCAUCCGAAUUCAAUCUUUUGCAAUGGAAACAGAGCGAGUUACCGAGUUUCCUAUGACUCAUCUCGAUCGUCGUCCCAGAAAGCGCGCGCGUUUAGGUUGGGAUGUUGCUCCUCAAUCGUCUAAGGCUCAGAUAGGUAUAUUUUGUGCACAAGAGAUUGGAAAUGUUACAAGCUAUGCACCUUCAGCUGCACCUUUGGAAAAUUCUAGUUGCCUGUUUAGCAAGGGAGUGGUACGAAAUGAUUCUCCCCCGUGGAGGGAAGACGACAAAGAUGGGCAUUACAUGUUUGAGCUUGGAGAUGAUUUAACUUCUCGCUAUAAGGUGCACAGCAAAAUGGGUGAAGGUACCUUUGGACGGGUAUUGGAGUGCUGGGAUCGUGAGCGGAAAGAAAUGGUGGCAAUAAAAAUUGUACGUGGCAUUAAAAAAUACCGGGAGGCAGCAAUGAUUGAAAUUGAUGUGUUACAACAGCUUGGUAAACAUGAUAAGGGGGGCAAUCGUUGUGUGCAAUUACGGAACUGGUUUGACUAUCGUAACCAUAUCUGUAUUGUUUUUGAGAAGCUUGGACCAAGCUUAUACGAUUUCCUUCGCAAAAACAAUUACCGCUCAUUUCCCAUUGAUCAUGUUCGUGAGAUUGGAAGACAACUGUUGGAAUGUGUAGCAUUUAUGCAUGACCUUCAUCUUAUACACACUGAUUUGAAGCCUGAGAAUGUGCUAUUAGUCACACCAGACUAUGUUAAGGUCCCUGAUUACAAGGGAUCUUCUCGAUCACCUAGGGAUAGCUCAUACUACAAGAAAGUGCCCAAGUCAAGUGCUAUAAAAGUCAUUGAUUUUGGUAGUACUACGUAUGAGCGCACAGAUCAGAAUUAUAUAGUGUCAACUCGUCAUUAUCGUGCCCCUGAAGUUAUUCUUGGCCUUGGUUGGAGCUACCCAUGUGAUGUUUGGAGUGUUGGUUGCAUCCUGGUUGAACUCUGCUCUGGAGAAGCCUUGUUUCAAACACAUGAAAACUUGGAACAUCUUGCAAUGAUGGAGAGGGUGCUCGGACCAUUGCCACUGCAUAUGCUGAAGAGAUUGGAUCGACAUGCAGAGAAGUAUGUUAGAAGGGGUAGAUUAGACUGGCCUGACGGUGCAGCUUCUCGAGAAAGUGUUAGAGCUGUUUCAAAACUACUCCGCCUUCAGAACCUUGUGAUGCAGCAUGUGGAUCAUUCAGGCGGUGAUUUCAUUCAUCUUGUGCAAGGUCUACUUAGAUAUGAUCCAACAGAGCGGCUAACAGCCCGUGAGGCUCUCCGUCAUCCAUUCUUUGCUCCUGAUAUUAGGAGGUGAAAAUGGCCUGUGCAUUGAUAUUUUAGGAAGGGAACGUGUUUUCAUUCUUGGGGGAAGUGGCACAAAUAAUGAUCAUUUUUAUGUGCCGGACUCUUGGAUUGUAAAAAUGGCAUAUGAGAGAAUGCAACAAGUUUUGCUUGUGCUGGUCAAGUCAUCAGGGUUGUUUUCUAACCUAGUUGGGAGGGUCUUGUAAAUACUUUUUUGGUGGGAGAUCUGUAAUGAGAAUUGUGUAUUGAUUUCUUAACCCGUGUAUAACAAUUUUAUAGUUGCUAUUUGAAAUAAAAAAAUUAUUUAGAUUUU